CGCUUUUCUCUUCUAUUUUUCGUGUAACUACGAAGUAAUAGAUAUAAGUUUGUGCCAAUGGUAAUUAUGGAUCAACAAAUUGGAACUACAAUAUAUAUUUGCAUUUCAAGAAAAUCUUAAGGAUCUCCAAAAACUUAGUGAGGAGUUAUUUUCUAGGUUUUUAAAAAUCAGAGUACAGUACCUACAUAAAUUUUGAACUCCCUGUAUUCAUGUUUAUUUCCAUAGCAUCUAAAAGGUUUAAUGUCACUGUCAUAUCAUAUUUUAAACAGCGAAAUGUUGGAAUCCGAUGUGAAAGUCAUGAAUACAAAAAAUCUAAAUUUACUAUUGAAGCAGCAAAUUAUCCAGCAAAUAGAAGAAACCGAAGAAAAUGGAAAAAUGGACCAACUAGCAAUAUCAAAAUCAGACCAUAAAAGUAUCUCUUUCGAGAGUCAGUUCAGUGUAAAAGAAACCACUAUUCAGUACCGCAGAGAAGACGAUUUGUCUACAAAAUAUGAAGACUUAAAAAUGGAAUUAGCAAAUGUUCAGGUAGACGAAUCUACAGCUGCGCUGCAAGAUCAAGUUUUAAUAGAAAGUUACGAGUUAGUAGAAAACUUACUAGAUCACGUACUGCAAUAUCUAGACUGCAUGAUCCUGGAAAUAAAAUCAUCGUUACGUUUCACCCAAGUACUUAAUACUUAUGUAGUGCACGAAAAUAAAAUAAAUGGACAAGUUUCGGAAGCUCUGAAGAAGUUAUGCGAGAGACCCGAACUGGAAUCGUUGGAAGAUAUAAAAUCGAAGUUGUUUGUAUCUCUGAAUCGUUACGAUCACAUAAAACAACUCAAACAGGAGCACGAUCAAAGGAAACACGACUACAAAUUGGCAUUAAAAAAUUUCAAGAUUAUCCUGGAAGUGAUGAACAUCAACGAAAAAUCCUUGAGCAAACUACGCCAACAAUUUGAAGAAGUCUUAAUGAACUACAAGCACGCGCGCUGUAUCCUAAAUCAGGAGUUGCCUUUUAUUUUAUCGGAGAGGACGAAGGUCCUGGCGGAUUGUUUAAAGUUAUUAGGAAGGGAAUGUGAUGUUUGGGGUGGAAAUCGUCUGGAUCUGUCACGUUUACUAAUGGAAUUAGGGAAGCUGAGUCUUGCUUAGAGCAAACACGUCAAUAUUUAUCACUUAACUCUAGAAUAAUUUUAAGGUUUCAAUUAAUUGUGAAGCAUUGAAAUAAAUCAAUUUUUAAAAUUCUCUUUUUUGCU